AUGUCUCACCAGCACAAAAAUGACCACAAAGACGAGCAAAAGCCUCUAAUUUUUGAUGCCUCUGUGCUUCGUCAUGAACCCAACAUACCAACCCAGUUCAUAUGGCCAGACCACGAGAAGCCUAGCGCCACAGCACCAGAACUUCCGCCUCGAGCCUCGUCGGGCGAGGCUUGUCGAAAGCACGGUUUCUUUCUGGUAGUCAAUCAUGGUGUUGACGCCGGUCUCAUUUCCGAUGCUCAUCGGUAUAUAGACUCGUUCUUUGACCUGCCACUUUGUGAAAAGCAAAAAGCUCAGAGGAAGGCUGGUGAGCAUUGUGGAUAUGCUAGUAGCUUCACUGGAAGGUUCUCCUCGAAGCUCCCGUGGAAGGAGACACUUUCUUUCAGAUACUCUGCAGAUGCGAACUCUUCCCAUAUUGUUGAAGAGUAUUUGGGUAACACAAUGGGUCAAGAUUUCUUACAAUUCGGGAGAGUUUACCAGCACUAUUGCAAUGCAAUGAGUAGACUUUCUCUUGGGAUCAUGGAGCUAUUGGGGAUGAGCCUUGGUGUAAGCAGAGCCCACUUCAAGGAGUUUUUCGAAGAGAAUGAUUCGAUAAUGAGGCUCAACUACUAUCCACCAUGCCAGAAACCAGAACUCACACUAGGAACAGGGCCCCAUUGUGAUCCCACAUCGUUAACAAUCCUCCACCAAGACACUGUUGGUGGUCUUCAAGUGUUCGUGGACAAUGAAUGGAGGUCAAUUGGUCCCAAUUUCAACGCUUUUGUUGUUAACAUAGGCGACACUUUCAUGGCUCUUGCAAAUGGAAGAUACAAAAGUUGCCUGCACAGAGCUGUGGUAAACAAUAGAACUCCUAGGAAGUCUCUUGCUUUCUUUUUGUGCCCAAAGAAGGAUAAGGUGGUGAGCCCACCAUCUGAAUUGGUGGACACCAAGAACCCUAGAAUAUAUCCAGACUUCACAUGGCCGACCCUACUCGAGUUCACUCAGAAACAUUACAGAGCCGACAUGAAUACCCUCCAAAGUUUCUCAAAUUGGCUUCAACAGAAACCAGCUGAAGUCUUAUAA